CUUUGCUACCUCUGUGGUUAAUAGUUAUUGGAAUUCAAGAGCAGCAGCUGGAAAAAACUGAACAUUUAGUGUGGACCUUGUACUAUGUUGUAUGCGAAUGAUAUGGCUGCUACGUCUUUUGUAACUUUUAUAUGUGUUGUAGAGGGGAACCUCCACAGUCCAAAGACAUAUUAUUGUGCAAAGAAGCAGGGAAACCUGAGAACGAGACACAGCUUUCCUGCAAGUAACAGAUGGUUACUGUUUAAGUGCAGGCAUAACCCUGUCCCAACACCACAUGUAAUGAUGGGGGAGGAGGUCUCAGAAAAAGGAAAACACUGAUUGGACCAAUCUCAUAUCCUACUUAAUCAUAGUCAUAUGGGAGGCUUUUUCAAGCAUAGAGAGAGAUGGCUGUUGAAAUUUCUAGCAUGCUGGAAUCUUGCAAGGAAGCAGUGCAGUGUGGAGAUGUUAUGAAUACCAAGAUAUCAUUCAACAGUGUGCAAACUUAAGCCGGCCAUACAUGGAUUGAAGUUCGGCCGGUUCAGCAGACAAAAAAAUAAAAAGUGCUUACCCUGACCUCAGCUUCCACCUACUUUCUAGAGCACCAGAUAAUAUCACUGUGCUGUGCAGCACAUUGCAGAAAUGAGACAGCAAUGAGGCACAGUGAUGUCACUGAUGGGGCAGAAACCAGGUCAAGCUCAUAUGAAACAUAUUUCUGUACAUGACUUUUACAAGGCUCUUCAAUUUGAUGGAUGGGAGCAACGUCUUCAACAGUAAUACUGGCUGUAUUUGCUUAGGCGUGUAGAAAGCAGUAGCUCAUCUGUAUUUCAGUAGGAACCAAAGGUUUUGGCUUUCCCUGUUGAAUUCAAGACGGUCCUGCUGCAAGCAAUGAGAAGAGGAGCGUGAAUUAUAUUGCUCCCCAGCAGACUUUUCGCAGGAUCUGAGCUGUGGUUGGAUUGGAGGACUAGAAGAAAUACAAAGAGAGAUUGGACUUUACAUCCCCCAGGAUUAAGCAUCAAGCCUGCAGUUCUUCUGCAAUAGGAAUGGGCUGGUUUGAGGACCCAAGCUGGCAGUUGCAUGUUUCCCUGAUAAUGCUCCUGUCCCUGCAUACCAGAGCAAAUCUUCUUGAUAACAUGUUGCUGAGAAGCUCGGGAAAGCUUAGUGUGGACAGCAGAAAGGAGGAUACUGAGAGCACAGCACCUGCCCCGCCACAGAAGUUGUUGUCAUGUUACUGUCAUCACCAUUGCCCAGAGGACUCAUACAACAAUACCUGCUGGACAGACGGAUACUGCUUCACGAUUAUAGAAGAAGAUGAAUCGGGGCUCCCUGUGAUUACCUCUGGCUGCUUAGGAUUAGAGGGCUCUGAUUUUCAAUGCCGAGACACACCUAUUCCACAUCAGAGAAGGUCUAUCGAAUGUUGCACAGAUGAAGACUUUUGUAACAGAGAUCUUCAUCCUACCUUGCCACCCCUCAAAAACAAAGAUUUUGUUGACGGCAGUAUCCAUUACAUGGCUCUUUUCAUCUCAGUGACUGUGUGCAGCAUCAUUCUGGUCGUGAUCCUAAUAUUUUGCUACUUCAGGUAUAAAAGACAAGAAGCCAGACCCCGUUACAGCAUUGGACUAGAACAGGAUGAAACAUAUAUUCCUCAAGGAGAAUCCCUUAAAGAUCUCAUUGAACAGUCUCAAAGCUCAGGAAGUGGUUCGGGGCUCCCUCUUCUGGUGCAAAGGACAAUAGCGAAGCAGAUUCAAAUGGUGAAACAGAUUGGCAAAGGGCGGUAUGGGGAAGUAUGGAUGGGCAAGUGGCGAGGAGAGAAGGUCGCAGUCAAAGUGUUCUUUACCACCGAGGAAGCCAGCUGGUUUAGAGAAACAGAAAUUUAUCAAACCGUGCUCAUGAGACAUGAAAACAUUUUAGGGUUUAUUGCUGCUGACAUUAAAGGGACAGGAUCAUGGACUCAACUGUACCUGAUUACAGAUUAUCACGAAAAUGGUUCUUUAUACGAUUACCUAAAAUCAACCACUCUCGACACCAAAGCAAUGCUGAAGUUGGCGUACUCUGCAGUCAGUGGUCUGUGCCACCUGCAUACUGAAAUAUUUGGAACAAAAGGCAAACCAGCCAUAGCCCACAGGGACCUUAAAAGCAAAAACAUAUUGGUGAAGAAAAAUGGAACGUGCUGUAUUGCAGACCUGGGAUUGGCAGUAAAAUUCAUUAGUGAUACAAAUGAAGUGGACAUACCACCAAAUACCAGAGUGGGUACAAAGCGCUAUAUGCCUCCUGAGGUUCUUGAUGAGAGCUUGAACAGGAAUCACUUCCAGUCAUACAUAAUGGCAGACAUGUACAGCUUUGGUCUUAUUCUCUGGGAAGUGGCCCGACGGUGUAUAUCAGGAGGUAUAUUAGAAGAAUACCAGCUGCCCUAUCAUGACGUGGUACCAACCGACCCUUCUUAUGAAGACAUGAGGGAAAUUGUGUGUAUCCGGAGGUUACGACCCUCAUUUCCAAACAGAUGGAGCAGUGAUGAGUGUCUGAGACAGAUGGGAAAACUGAUGACAGAGUGUUGGGCUCACAAUCCUGCCUCACGCCUUACAGCUUUGCGAGUAAAGAAGACACUAGCCAAAAUGUCAGAGUCUCAAGACAUCAAGCUUUGAUUUGAUAGAAAUCUGAAGAAAGCCCGUGGAAGUGGACUUAUUUUUUGUGACUGAAAAUCAUAAAGAGAAAUCAUAUUUCUGCACAUUGAACAUCUGUGUUUACCAUGAGUACAAGUGUCUAGACUGUUGAAUCACCAGCGACAAUCUGGACAAGAUUCCACAGACUCUGUUACUCAGGCUGGUGUACACAGGAAACAUGUCUUCGAUGACUAGAUGAAAAAAUGAGCAUGUUGCUUUCUGUGAAAGCAAAUACGUUUUUAAUGUUUGAAACAAAAGAAAAAUUCUUUAAAAUUCUAAUAAAAAAUUUAAUAAAUGUA